UCCCCUAAAAUCUCCCCUGUGAUUAUAACAGUAGUAGUAGCCAUGAUUGUUGGCAAACAAGCUUAGCACAUUAAGCGAUACCGAGAAAGCAUCGAUACCCUUUGGAAGCGAUAGGCCACAUUUUUUUCAAGAAUAUUCACUGCCGUUCCUGUUGACACCUCCAAUCAUAAUUGGUGAUGGAAGGACGAAGUAAUUCUUCACUUUUUAUAAUGCCUUUCGUUGAACAUAAUUGGGAUACACUCCUUCCAUCAACUGUUUGGUGUAGUGGCCACCAAUGGUGCUUAACCAAGGUAAUUGUAUCUCUACGAAGCACCGGUAACUGCUCCAUGUUACCUCAGAGGAGAUCCCAAUAACCUGCCAGUUGGAGCAUCUCUACCAACUCCAUUCCAGCCCUGGUGGUAGCGCGUAGAAUGCUGCAAAAAAUGUUGAUAACUUUCCAGGAGCUUUCGCCACCACCAACCGGUACCCGAAAUGUCUAGAGCCAGCUUCGAAGGCUGCCCUGGAAGUCCAGGCAUGUUCUUUCUUACCGACAGGGAGUGUCCUACGCCGCCAAACACCAGUCAGCCCAGUCAGGCCAACCAGACUAGACUUGGGUGUGUCCUUCCAACCACUCCAGUCCAGGGAGGCAGAUUCUCCGAACGAGACCCUCCAUACGCUAGUCCAAGGGACUUUGGCUUCUUACGACUGCCAGUCAUCAACUCAUCCCAGAUCAUCUCCUGGUCUCAUAGAAAGGGGCAGCUUCCCAUUUCUUCGGUGGUACAAUCGCCAGUAAGGCCGGCGGUUUUCCACAAGUACUCUGACUGCGACGACGUAAAUGGCCGCAACACAGUGGUAUAUGACUCCAGAGCCCUUGUCCCCCUCGUGGUACCUCAAUCGCCUUUGAUUCCCGAGAGUCAGAGCACAGAGCUCGAACUAGACAACGUUUUCUUGACAUCUGAUUUGGGAACUAAAGACCCUGUGUCCCCCAGCUACUACCGUAUCCCAUUUGCGUCUCAGGAGAAUAUAAAUCCUUGCAAUGAAAGCAUUCCUGGGCUGGACCAGGAACCACCAGUGUCUUCCAAGAGAAAGUACAAAAAAAGAGGUAGAAAGCGAAAAUUGAAGAUAAAAGAAGGCUCGCCUGAUGGACAAGCUUCGAAUUACACAGAAAAGAGAGCUCGGCCAUCCAAUCUAUUGGAACAAACCCUGGACGAUGAACAUGUUCGUGGAAGAUAUACUCGCAGCAAAUCACGAAAAUUGAAUAUCAUACCUCCGGACCACAUACGAGAAAAGAAACGCAAGUUGACGUACAGGUCAAAAAGUGGUUGUUGGACUUGCCGAAUCCGACAUAAGGCUUGCCCAGAAGAUAAACCACAAUGCGGACAAUGUCAACGGCUCAAUUUAUCAUGCGACUAUUCAGGCACACGUCCACUCUACAUGCAUGACCCAAUCCAACAAGCUAACAAGCUUAAAGAGAUCCGGGCGAUAACAAACUUCCAAAAAAAACUCAACUUUCACCGCAAGAGAUCUGGUUCUAGCACCUCCGAAUAG